CGACGACUUUACUGCAAUGUGGGCAUCGGAUUUCAUAUUCAAGUUUUGCCAGAUGGCAAAAUAAAUGGGAUGCACAAUGAAAAUGAAUACAGUUUGUUGGAAAUCUCACCGGUGGAAGUUGGAGUGGUGAGCCUGUAUGGUGUUAAUAGUGGACUAUUUGUUGCCAUGAAUGGUAAAAGGAAAGCUAUAUGGAUCAAAACAAUUCACAGAUGAAUGCAAAUUCAAAGAGACACUUCUCCCAAAUAACUACAAUGCCUAUGAAUCAAGACGGUACCCUGGAAUGUACAUCGCUCUGAGCAAAAAUGGAAGGACAAAAAAGGGGAACAGAGUUUCCCCCACAAUGACACUGACGCAUUUUCUGCCUCGGAUUUGA